AAAGAGCUGGAAGAGUUGCAACAGCGUGAACGUGCUGAACGUGAAGCCUGGGAACAGCAUACUAAAUCGGUGCUUGAGACACAGUGCGCUUCACGUGAGAAUGGUUUGCGAGAUCAACUGAAACGCGAAAGAGAUAAACAAUUGGAGGCGGCUAUUCGUCGACUGGAAGCGGAAUCGAAUGAGACCAGAGCGGAGGUGGAACGGGAGGCCGAGAACAAAAUCAAGUGA